GCGGCACAUAAACAUGGAGACAAAGGAAAUAAAGCUCAAAUGAAUGAAAGUAAAUUGGAGGAAAAUAUAAUCAAUGCAAAUGGAAUUACCCCCUGCAGUUAUUGCAAAUAUAAAGUAUAUAUUAUAGCAUUAGCUGCUAUGUUAUCAAUUGCAUUGCCAGGAGCAGCUGGAUGGUAUCUCUAUUACAGAAUGAAGAAAAAGAAAGAAAUCAGUGAUGAAGAAAAGGCAAUAGAAGAAUCACAGCCUGAGACCUUUAUAGCCAGAAUGAGUUUGUGGCUCUCCGCACUCAGGCCCCUCUUUGAUAAACUGAUGAAGAUAAUAGGGGAAUUACAACUAAAGACCUAUAUGUCUAAAAUAACGAUAUGGUUAUCUACAAACUGUACUCUAGAGAUGCUCAGCCUUCUCUAUGCUAAACUGAGGAAGAAGAAGCCAAUCUAUGAUGAAGAAAAGGCAAUAGAGAAGUCCCAGCCUAAGGCCGCUAAACCUAAAACUACUAUAAGGGAUAAGCCUGGCACAGGCAAAAAGAUGGCCAAGGCUGAUGAGAAACUGAAAGAUGAAACCAGUGUGACAGGAAAGAAAAUAGUCAAGAAGAAGAAGAAGAAGAAGGCUCCUGUGACUAAAUCUGUGGGGAAGGCAAUUGAAACGCCUUCCAUAAAACAAUCUACAGAUGAGCCAGUGAAAUCUGGGCAAAGCCCAGAAAUACUAGCAAUUCCUGAAGGGAAAAAAGUCAAGAAGACGAAAAAGAAGAAGACUCCAGAUGAGCCAGUGAAAUCUGGGCAAAGCCCAGAAAUACUUGCAAUUCCUGAAGGGAAAAAAGUGAAGAAGACAAAAAAGAUAAAGAAGGCUCCUGUGAAGUCUGUGGUGGAGGCAAUUGAAGCUCCUUCCAUGAAACAAUGGAAAGAUGAGGAAAUAUUCGUAAUUAUUAAUGGAAAAAUGUGUUACACCAGUAUGGCUAAUUUAUUCAGAGACCCACCAAUGUUUGGACUAGUCAAUAGUUUCGCGACAGAACAGGAACCUGUGGAACCAGUUGGUAUUUUAUCAACGGAACAGGGACCUGUGGAACCAGUCAGUAUUUUAGCGACGGAACAGGGACCUGAGGAACCAGUCAGUAUUUUAGCGACGGAACAGGGACCUGUGGAACCAGUCAGUAUCUUAGUGACAGAACAGGGACCUGCAGAACCAGUCAGUAUUUUAGCGACGGAACCGGAAUCAUUGGCAGCAGUCAAUGUUUUAUCUACAGAAGAGAUACAUGUUCCAGCAGAAAAAGUUGUAUCUGUGGAACAUGUGGAAUCGGACAUGGUCUCCAUGCAACCAGUUAUUCCAGAGUUUGAACAACCUUUUGUGGAAAGCCAGAAAGAAACUCCUUCUAAAGCUAAAUAUAAGAGAAUAACAGUUUUGAGAUGGAUAGAGGAGAUCACAGAUGAUGAAGCAUCUACUGAUUAAGUGAAUGAAUUCCAGAAAUAGAUACCUGUGGAUAUUAACCCUAACAUGAAAAAUGAAUUCAAAGUUUAGUUGUGGGGGACAAGGACUGGAACGGGGAUGACGCAUCUGAAUAAGGUCUGACUAUAAAGAGAACCUGUCAGGUUAGAAGUUAUUGGUAACUGAAAACUGACAGGUUCUCUUUAAAUGAACAUCCGAGCAGCAAAAUAUCCACAAAUUUCUAUAUCUGCCUCUGAAACGUGUCCCCCGAUGCUGACCCGUUCCCUCCAGUCAGAGAGUGAGGCCUAUCUUGGGCCUGUGAGGAAGUAAGCCUGCUGUCCAACACCAUGGCCAGAAGACUGCAACACCAGUCAAUUACAAAUUUUAAUAAAUGGACAAUUAUCAAAAGUACCAAAAUAAAAAUACAGUGUUUUUCUUGGACAAUU